AGCAGGUCGUAUUUUGUACGUCUGGACUAUGCGGUUUGGCGGCAGAUUAAGAUCUACGCGGUGUUUGUGGGCAUUUUUACCAGUUUGUGUUUCUUUAUCCUCAAUAUUACGUUGCUGCUCAUCAGACGUCUUGUCGGUUGGCACUUGGCGAAGGUGGAACGUACCGGCCGAGUACAGAACAUUCUAGAAGCGAUGGAGCGCUGUCGACAGCGUCAGAUGGACAGUCUGUACGAAAAGUACACGACCGGCAUUCAACAGAUCUGCGAGAAUUACCGUCAACAGCUGGAGCAGCUACGCAAAGGUUAUACGCAACAGUCGGAAAGAUUCAGGGAUUAUCGAACGGCACAGAUCGAUGCCGUCACUCAGCAUAUAGAUUUCAUCAGGGAAGGUUAUGCGCAACAGGCAGGGCGGGUUUGGGAGUACGGCAGCAAGCAGAUGGAACGUCUUUGGGACAGCUACCGUCGGCAAGUGAAUCGUUUGCGUACGUUCACGAUCAGCUAUCGUUUUCGAGUUAUGCGCCAGCACAAAAUAAAGCAAAAAUACUGGAACAAGAUAUUGGCUAGCUUUAACUGGGAUUUGUAUAAGUUACCUUCACCAAAGGUCAUAUUCAUUGACCCGAAAACCAGUCAACUUCCCCGAAUAUCACCCGAAGAGCUGGCGAAUACAAAACCGGUAAUAAAAGUUCCAAAAAUCAGCAUCAUUUCUGCCGAUGCCGGUGAUGACGAUUUCGACGAGCAUAUCGACGUCGACGGUGCGACAUAUUCGGCGAUUGCCGAAGAUCCGUUUUCCUCACGUUUCAACAUUCGCAGCAGCGACGGUUAUCGACAGCCUUUGCAACGCGAUCGAAAUGUCGAGGAACACAACGGCGAAGGCACCAUGUUGUUGAAGCACUGUAGCAGUCAUACCAGUCUGAUUACGAUUGAUUCUGAUAAGAAACGUUUAAAUGAUUAUGAAUGUGACGAAAAUCAAAAAGCCUUCAACGAGUCAACGUUUCGUUCUCCUGACGACGGUGUUGAAUUGAAGUCAAAUGAAGGCCAUGUCGCUUUUUAA